AUGACAAAAGGAACUGGCCCCGUCAUUGAAGCUGAGGAGGCCCCGUCAUUGCAGCUGAGGAAGAACCUGCCCCCGUCAUUGCAGCUGAGGAAGAACCUGGCCCUCAUUGAAGCUGAGGAGGAACAUGACCUCGCCAUUGCAACGAAAGUCCUAACCAACAGUGAUCUUCGAAAUCUUGAAAUACAUAACCUACAGCCCAUAUCGUUUUCCAUGCUCCUCGGGUGCAAGUCACCUUCCUCACCCCUGACGAACAGAGCCUCCAAGCUUUUCUUUGGGUUGGUGGUUGGCGUGUUUGCCAUGAGACAAAUGGCUGAGUCGAAGGAGAUAGUUGGUGAGAACAUCUUCGCCGUGAACGUUGCUCCAGUUCACGAUGCACCCCUCAAGCUCCCGAGCCACCGACCUAAAUCUGAGGAGGAACCUGCCUCCGUCAUUGCAGCUGAGGAGGAACCUGCCUCCGUCAUUGCAGCUGAGGAGGAACCUGACCUCGCCAUUGCAACGAAAGUCUGA